CAAAAAUUUUAUUUAGUGCAGUACUUUUUCCAAAAGUUUUUUGAUUGACUUAUUUUAUUUAAAUUUUCAAUUCGAUGCUCAAAUUUGACUCUAUAUCAGUAUAGUAAAAUCCUUGGAAAUUUUAUUUGAUUAAACAAUUAACUUAAUGAUUUAUAUAAUAAUUCGGAUAUCCUUGGCCGUGGUUAUUACUACGGUACUGAAGGCCAUCAACAAAAUAAAAAGAGGGAGACAUAACCUACAUGAUCUUACAAAUGAAUGUGUUACGAUAAUACACAGUAGAUUUGUUUGACUGGUUACAUUCUAGUAGUAUUAGGCGGCAUGGCACUGCGCCGAGCUGGCAGGAGCGGCAUGGCGGUCGGCGUGAGACGGUACUGCGACCCCGCCGGCGGCGAGGGGCGCAGUCCGGGGAGACAGCGCGUGCCGCUGUCGCAGCGCGAGGGCGAGUGGCGCAGCAACCUGGGGAUGUUCGCGCCGGAGACGCCGCGCCGCACGGUGCUGCGGAUGCUCCAGGUGCCGUUGGACUGGAGCCCGGGCAGUCUGGGCCGCUGGUGGCGCCGCAACCAGGCCGAGGCGCUCGUCCAAGACCAGAGGUACAUACCUGAGAGACACCAGAUCCUGGGCAGCAACCUGGCGACUGCGCACUUCGUGGUGGCUCGCGGCGGCGCGGUGCGGUUCCGCGGCAGCGAGGAGUGGGUGCGCAAGGAGGAGGGGACGGACGACUACGACCUGCCGCGCAAGUACGUGCCCGACCUGGUGCUGGAGGCGGUGGACGCCUCCGGCACGGGCCUGCGCUACGAGGGGCUCGACAACUUCACCAACCUGCGGCACCUGCGCCGGCUCAGCCUGGCGGGCAGCCCCCUGGUGGACGAGUGGUUCCUGGACCGCGUGGGCGGCCUGAUGGGCCACACGCUGCACCACCUCGACGUCAGCGGCUGCAGCGGCGUGAACGAGCGCGGCCUGUGCGCGCUCUACCGGGCGGUCGCGCUGCGCACGCUGAAGGUGGGGGGCCCCGCCGCGGAGAGCCCCAAGUUCCAGCUGGCGUGCCUUAUGCUGGAGGAGGCUCUCCCGGGCCUACGCGUCGAGGGGGUCACGUACCUCGCGCUGCCCGACCUCCCGGCAUCACCACCCUCCGUCGCCAGGUCUUAGUGCUCGGAUUCAUAGACAGUGUUGCUUGCAGAAGUUAGAUUAAUUAAACGAUUGUACAAAAAUUAUAAUAGAGUCAAGAGAAGCUGUAUAUACUUUCAAAAUGUUACUUGUAUUUAUUAAUUAAAUAUGCAUUUUAGCAA